AUGAAUAAUAAAAUAAGUUAUUUGUUAAAUACUGUUAGAUGCAUGCAUAGGUGCAAUUCUGUGCUCACUCCCAAAUCUUCAGCCUCAACAAGAAAACACAUUUUAUGGAUUGGCAGAUACAAGGAUCCCCUGGAAAAUGGGAACUUCAGGAAAUUAUUUUUAAAUAUUUGUCCUUCUCUGCAUGGAUCAUCUCUUCGAUUUCUAUCUCAGAAGACAGAUGUUUUUAGCACAGGUGCUGAAAUACAAACAGAGAAGAGUACAGAGGCUUUGGUGAGUGAGGAGGCUCCCCAAAGCUCCGUGGAACUUGAAAAGUUGGAUGAUACUGGGAGCUUCAAAGUGAAGCACGUAAUGGAUCAUAGUGAACCGUUCUUCAAUAGUCUGCAGAAAUGUACCUGUCCUUGCGAUGUACUGGACUUGGCUUCAGAGUCUGCUGUUUCCAUUAAGCAUUUCACAAACUGUUUAACUACAGUAUGGAGGCUCUUCAAAAACCUGUCUGAAGACCAGCAGCGUUACGAGAAGCAGCUGAUCUUUGAGCACCCAGCUUUUGUCAACCUUUGUCAGCAGCUGCUGCGGGACUCCAGAAGGAUGACACGGGGUGACCUGGUGUUCAGUCUGCAUGCCGUGGUGAACCUAGGCGUUCCUCAGAACACUCUCCUAGUCCAGACUUUGGUGAGAGUGUGCCAAGAGAAGCUCAAUCAACUUGAUAAUCGAUGUAUCUCAGUUUUGGCAACUACUUUAGCGGGGCUGGAUAAAGACAAGAAUGUGAGCGCUCUUCAAGCUGGAUUACAAUUACUAGUGGAGCAGCGCAUUCCAAGUAUCAGAGACAUCUUUAUACUGCAAAACCUGAUGAAAUGCAUAGGAGAAGAUGCUCCAGUCUUUCUGAAAAAGAAAUUAGAG